GUAGAAAAGGUAUUUCAGAGACCAACGCCAAGACAAAGCGCAGCAGACACAGAGGAGGAACGGCCUCCAGAUGGUCAUUUAGCCAAGAUGAAGAAAAUCGGUUCAUCGCAAAACAAGGCGGAGCAGUUAGAGGCUCGAGGGCACUGGGGCAGUAAGACGGAGUUUCUCCUAGCUGUGGCAGGAAAUGUUGUCGGCCUGGGCAACGUCUGGAGGUUUCCCUACCUCUGCUACAAGAACGGCGGCGGUGCUUUCCUGGUGCCAUACGUAGUCUUUGUUGUGACCUGUGGCGUCCCACUGUUCCUGCUGGAGACGACCAUAGGACAGUACACACAAGAGGGCGCCGUCACCUGCUGGAGGAAGCUGUGUCCAUUGGCAGAAGGUAUCGGCUACGGAGGUCAGCUGAUCAUUCUCUACAGCUGUAUGACCUACAUCAUCAUUCUGUCCUGGUCCUUGCUCUACCUGGUCUUUUCCUUCAGCUCGGAGCUGCCCUGGUCCAGCUGCAACAACUACUGGAACACAGAAAACUGCAUCGACAUUUCAACAAGAAACAACUCUCUGCAAUGGACCAAUCAGACGAACUCCUCCUCCGCCGCUACAGAAUUCUGGGAACGGCGAGUGUUGUCUAUUUCUAGCGGUAUCAACGAAUUAGGCAGCGUUCGCUGGGAGAUACUGUUGUGUCUCAUCGUCAUGUGGGCGGCCUGCUACUUCAGUGUCUGGAAAGGCGUCAGAUCCACAGGAAAGGUGGUUUAUUUCACCGCCACUUUUCCUUACGUGAUGCUGCUCAUCCUCUUGAUUCGAGGACUUUCUCUCCCUGGCGCUAUCGAAGGAGUGAAGUUCUACCUUCUGCCCGAUCCAUCACGUCUCACAGAUCCUCAGGUGUGGAUGGAGGCUGGGGCUCAGAUCUUCUUCUCCUACAGUCUGGGUGUGGGGACGUUGACGGUGCUCGGGAGUUACAACUCCUACAACAAUAACUGCUACAGAGACUGCCUGUGGCUGUGUUUGCUGAACAGUGGGACCAGCGUGGUGGCUGGGUUUGCUGUCUUCUCAGUGCUCGGCUUCAUGGCUAAUGAACAAGGGGUUCCUAUUUCAGAGGUGGCAGAGUCAGGUCCUGGCCUGGCUUUCAUCGCCUAUCCUCAGGCUGUGGCCAUGAUGCCUCUCCCUCAGCUGUGGUCCAUCUGUUUCUUCAUCAUGCUCAUCCUCCUGGGUCUGGACACUCAGUUCGUGGGCAUGGAGGUGAUGAUGACGUCAAUCACCGAUAUGUUCCCCAAAGUGUUACGCAAAGCCGGCCGACGGGAACUGUUUCUACUCCUUUUUUGCCUCAUAUGUUUCUUUUCUCAGCUGGUCAUGAUCACUCAGGGAGGAAUGUAUGUGUUCCAGAUGUUCGACUAUUACGCCUGUAACGGAGGCUGCAUCCUGUUUCUGUGUAUGUUUGAAAGUCUGGCACUGGGAUGGAUCUUUGGGGUCGAGCGGCUCUAUGACAUCAUCAAAGACAUGACGGGCGCGAAGGCCAAUCCAUUCUUCAAGAUCUGCUGGCUCUACGUCACACCGCUCGUCAGUCUGGUAUCUUUUGUUUGGUCUUUAAUUGAGUACCAGCCUCUGACCUUCAACCGCUGGUACGUGUACCCUGCCUGGGCUUACGUGCUCGGUUGGCUGCUGGCCCUCUCCUCCAUCCUGCUGGUGCCAGGCUGGGCUUUAUAUAAACUGGGAACUGGCACUGGAAGCCUCAGUCAGCGUUUCCACAGUCUGUGUUGGCCUGAUCCUGACCGCUCUCUGACCACACAGAAAGACACAGAGCUGCAGAACAUCAGAGACGAAGAAGCCCAACAUUUCACAGCCUGAUAUGAAGCUGAUUUGAAAGAGAUUUAUUCUUCCAUCAACUACAGCUGCAGCUGACUUCCUGUUUUUUGGCUUUUUUAAAAAACAAAACAAAACAUGGAAAUCAAAGGUUAUUGUACAACAGUCCAAAAAUAACAAAAAAACAAAAAACGUAAACAUAAGAU